UCCUUUAUUUGAGAAACAUCCGCGCCAGCGGCUUCUUGCUCUCCGUGGUGCAGCGGUGGAGCGGGGGGAUGCGGUGUGAUUUAAUACCAGUUGGUGCUGGAGAUGGUGUAGCGGGGAUCGUCCAGCGGGUCCUGCGUCGGGCCCGGCCGCGGGGGCGCCUCCGGGGCGGGUGGGCGAGGGGGUUGAGGCUCAGGAACGGCGGCACGGGGAGUGCUGCCGGAUCCCGCUGAGUCCCCGGCGGCGGCGGCUCCGCCAUCGCUGUCGCUGAGGCGCUUUCCGGUCGCGCCGGCAGUGACGCGCCGCAGCCAUGCGGGUGUGGGCAGCGCUGAGGGCGGCGGGGACGGUGCCGGGAGGUUUCCGGGAGCGUUUCGAGUUCGGCGGCCGCGAUGUGGCUUCGUGGUUCCCGCGGCACAUGGCGAAAGGCUUGCGGCAGAUGCGGCUGGCGCUGCGCCGCGCUGAUUGCCUCGUGGAGGUGCACGACGCUCGAAUCCCGCUGUCGGGCCGUAACCCCGCGCUGCAGGAGGCACUGGGUGUCCGCCCUCACGUCCUGGUGCUGAACAAGAUGGAUCUGGCCGAUGCCCGCCGGCAGCCGGCGGUUUUGGAGCAGCUGAGGCAGCAGGGAUGCUCGCACGUAGUCUUCACCGACUGCCAGCGUGAUGUCAACGUCAAGAAGGUUGUCCCCAUGGUUGCCAGGCUGGUGGCCGAUGGCCCACGCUACCACAGGGCUGAGAGCUCCGAGCACAACAUCCUGGUGAUCGGCGUGCCCAACGUGGGCAAGUCCUCGCUCAUCAACUCCCUGCGGAGGCUGCACCUCAAGAAAGGCAGAGCCACUGUGGUGGGGGGUGAGCCAGGAAUCACCAAGGCAGUGCUGUCCAGGAUCCAGGUGUGUGAGAAGCCCCUGAUGUACCUGGUGGACACCCCUGGUGUGCUGCCCCCCAGGCUGGGGGAUGUGGAGACCGGCAUGAAGCUGGCACUCUGUGGAGCCAUCCAUGACCACAUGGUGGGGGAGGACGUCAUGGCUGACUACCUCCUGUACACCCUGAACAAGCAGCAGCAGUUCAGGUACGUGCAGCGCUAUGGGCUGGGCCAGCCCUGCGACCACAUCGAGCCCCUGCUGAAGCACGUGGCCCUCAGCCAGGGCCGCACGCAGAAGGUGAAGGUGCUCACAGGCACAGGGAAUGUCAACAUGAUGAUGCUCAACUACCCAGCUGCUGCCUACGAGUUCCUGCGGGACUUCCGAGCAGGACGCCUGGGCAGGGUGACGCUGGACUGAGACCUGUCACUGGCCAGGCACUGCCUGCAGCCGUGUGGACUGGGGACACCCUGGUGUCCUCCCACCCUGAGAGACACCUCAGCAGGGAGCUAUGGGGUGUGAUGGAAGCGGCUCUGCCAGGGCUGUCCCCGGUUUUGGGCAAGAGGCCGGAGGGACAGACAGGCUCCCCUGUGGUGUCGCUGUCGUGAGGCUCCCAUGGAGUGCUGUGCCUGCCCCAGAGAGCCUGGGGCAGGGCUGGUGUGUCUGGCUGGCUCCUGGAAGCCGCCAGGGAUCUGUUUCCCUGCCAGGGAGCUGUUCCUCCCUGGGUUUGGCCUGCUCUGGAGUCUCCAUCCCGAAAUAAAGCCUUUUGUGGGCAGGGGCCGGGUGCUGUCCAUCCCAGGGUCCCGCCCCUCGCCCCGCAUCCAGCCA